AUGGGUUUGUCGUCGGAGCAGGGGCGGGGAUGCAAGAAGCACCCAACCCACAAAGAGAAGCAAGGGAUUUGCCCUUCCUGCCUCAGGGAUCGCCUCUUCCGCCUCGACCCUGACGCCCCGCCGCGACUCUCUGCUUCCGUGCCGUCCUCUGCUGCCUCCGCUUCUUCUUGUUCUUCUUCUUCCGCUCCCUCAAGUCACGACGAUUACCACGACACUGUCAAUAACAACAACAUUGACAACGACGACGACGACGACAAUAAGGGGGCGGAGAAGAAGCGCGUGGGACACGGCCACCACCGGAGCGCGUCGUCCUCCGACAUAGGCUCCUUGUCGUUCCGGCUGGCGCCGCCGGAUGUGACGUCGUCGUCGGGGUUGAAGAAGUGUCGAUCCGUGGCGGCUUCGUAUUCGUUCACUCCCCAGCCGCCGAAGGCGACGAGACGACGCCGCAGCGGGGCGGGAGGAGAGAAGGCGAUGUUUAGUAAUUACAACGACAAGGAUCGUCAAGGCGGCGGGGGUGAUUUUGGGUACGCAGGUGGGAAGAAGAAGAAAGGGUUCUGGACGAAAUUGCUUCAUCUCAAGGGGAAGAACAAGGAGGUGUUGAUUCAUCAUCCUACCAUGCCUAUGAAGGGAAGAGCCUAUUGA